ACGAAGAAAGGUGUUGCCGAUCACCAAGGGAUGGUGGUGGUGUGAGAAGGCAGCCUGGGUGAUGUUUUUGUUGACCUGGGAAUUAGUUGCAAUUGGAUCCACCGGAACCUUUCCCCGUAGCCCCCAACCGACUGCGCACGCGCGUUUUGUCACUUGCCCUUGCACUCGUGUGUUUCUUCUCUCACAAAGUAGCAGCAAAGCCCAUAGGGUCACUUGUUGUAUGCAUUGUUGUGGGGAAUGAUAUACUGGCACAUAUUUAUUUGAGAUAUUGCUGAGGUCUUUGCCCAGCCACUUUUUUUUGGACAACAUUAUUCUCUUGGUAAUAAAAUCAGUGGCUUUCUUAUUUCAAUUUAGUCUAUUUGCUGCUCACAGUGCUAUCUCCUUAACAUUAGCAAGACCAAAAGCAGACCACAUUACUAUUUUGUGGAACACCUCCCCAUUUGUAAGAAUGGCCUCAACCUUCCAGUUGCUGGUUAUUUCAAUAGAUCAAUGUGCUCCCAAGCAUACAUUUGACUUGGGCCUGCUUCUGUAUCCCAAAGAAGCACAAUGCAAGUUAGAUACCUCAUUUUCUGCUUAGGCACUUAAAGAUUUUAGGAUUCAGUAUUAAAUUCUGUACCUUUACAGUAUAAUCGCUUUGUCUUUGGUUUUUCUUGUGUAACCCACCUUUUCCCAUGUGCACAACACAGAGUCAUGUCUUUGUUGACUUUGCUGUCAAAAGAGUGGACCAUCUUCUUUUCACCUUUGUUUACACCCAUUCUACAUCUCUUUGGUUCUGGGUGUCCUAUCAAUCUGUUCCAUUUUGGUAGAGAGAAAUAGAAUAAUAAAGUGAAUUAGCACAAGUACAAAAAAAACUUUUACAACAUCAUUGAAGAGAGAUUAGUGAAGAUGAGAGCUGAAGCAACAUAUCUUUUGAUAUCAAAAUAACUCUGUGAUGACUUGCUGAACAACAAAAUAAGCAAUUUUCUGUGACUUUUUAAUAAUUAAACACAGUUUGCAAGAAGUGUUUUUUAAUUUAAAUGUUGUGCUACUUAUUAAUCAUUUCCCUGUAAGGAGAUUGCAAUUGGUGUAGUAGGGGCACCAAACUUAGCUUAUCAAUGAGGUAUUUGCUGCACUUAAGUAAGCGUGUAAAACUUCUUGUGGAGAAUAGUUUUUAUAAAAUAUCUGAUACAACUGGCAGAUUUUACCUUGUGUUUUCUCUUGGAUAUAGCAGUGCUAAUCACUCAAAGUUGUUUGAACCUUUUCCAAAGUGGUGUAUACCUGCAAUGUCCAGUAAAUGAUGACAUAGACCACAGUUUUAACAACAGGCCUUAUGAUCUAAUAGUUGUAUAUUUUCCUUGUAUACUUCAAUUUCUUGAUAAAGGCAGACUGUGAAAAUACUUGAUAAGACAGACCAGAUAUAAAUUGUUGAACUUUUCAUUUCAAAGCAAAUGCACAUCAAUAGCAACAGUUAUGAUCAGACUUAUCAGACCUAGUUAAAUCAAUACUACUUAUCACAAUAUUUACACCAUGCUUGCUUCAUCAAGAAACCUCACUUCACAUGCCUUUUGUUGUGAUAUUGCCUCUGGGAUCUAUCCUUGGCCCCUCAUAUUUCAUUCCUGCAUACUUUCCCUUGAUGAUACCAUCAGAAAGCACAUUGUAAAUCUGGGCAGUGUCAGUCUACCUCACCACGUUUGUCUUGACCCACUUUACUGUUUCUAAAUGGUUUAAAUUGUCUGUUAGAUAUUUAGCAGAUGAGAAGUAGGAGGACACCAAGGUGGGAAUUCCCAUUUAGUUUCUUACUCAUCUCUAAUUUUAAUUGAGUCAGAUUUGGUAACUAUACCUUUGGCUACCAAGGCCUUAGGUUUAGAGAAGAAAUGUCAGAACUUAUCAGCUCUACCUCUCUUCAUCCUCAGGACGUGUAUUAAAUCUGCCUCUUUGACCAUAACCCUCAUAUCAUCUUAUGUGGCUCAGUGCCAUAUUUUGUUUUAAAAUGUUACUGUAAGAUAUCUUGGGAUGCUUUAUUAUAUUAAGGCAUUUUUAUAAAUGCAGGGGUUAUUGUUGUCUUUGUUAAUGACCUCAGUGUAUUCCUGCUAAUCUCUUCCAUGCUGCUUAAUUUGUGUUUCAGCAUUGUCCAUUUGUAUGUCCACUUCUCGACCCCUCCAGAGCUAACCCCGUUAUUUUGAUUUCCUUUUGAUCCUUAUCCUCUCUCUCCUCUGUUUCUGCUACUUGGUCAUUGCUAACUUUUAUUUUUCCUCUCUCAAGAACUAUGCUCCUUCAGUUUCUAUCAAAACCAAUACCCAAGAUAGUAUAUUUGCAUUUUGAGCAAUUAAGAUUUCAGCAAUACAUUGUGAGCAUACGGUGACAAAUCCAUGGCCACUCAGUUCUAUGAUUGUACUGAUGCUGAUUUCAAUGUCCUUGUCGAGAACUGAAGAAAUUUACCACCAACAGCUCCAGUCCUGAAAACUGAAAUUAUGCUUAUCUGAUUGAUUGUCCACUAACCAUGACUGUCAGAUUGCUCAGAAUCUUGGAACUAUCUGCACAUUUGAUGAAAAGAACUUCCUGUUUGCGAUCCUCUCUGGGAACUGUUCCGCUCCUUGGGAUUAGGCCCAAUAGCAAUUUUCAAAGAAAUGCUCUGUGCUGCCAAUGGAAAGGCCAAAAUGGAAGAUCACCAGACUAUAGGCUGGUUCUAGGCUCUCUCAACCCAAAAGGGACAGCUUUUGUGCCAAUGCUGCAUUGGCAAUCUCUAAAUUGUGUGCAAUGUGCAAACGUAAGGAAACUGUUUUAUUCCACUGUGACAAGCAGCAAUAAAAUGAUUCCCAAACAGAAAGUACUGUCACCCAAAAGACCUCUUAAAGGCCCUCGGACCAAACAGCCAUCAAGGACCAACCAGCCAGCUCUUGCAGAUGUGGAGGAUCUGAUGAAAUGUACAGCCUUUGCAACAGCUGAUGAGUAUCACCUAGAAAACCUUUGCCAUGAUUUGAUGUCAAGUGGAUAUAAUGAAAUAACAGACCUACCCAGAGAUGCCUCAAAUGUCCUGGUAAUUGGAACUGACAUGUUGGCCAAGCCAAAUGACUAUGGAUUAAUUUUUUUAUUCAGGGAGGGCUCUGUUGUCUUUUGGAAUGUGGAAGAUAAAGCAGUGAAACGUGUAAUGCAAAUCUUGGAGCCACAUGAGAUCCAGCCUUAUGAAAUCGCUUUGGUUCAUUGGGAAAAUGAGGAAGUUAAUUACCGGAUUGCAGAAGGGCAUUCAAAGCUGCAUAAAGGACAGAUAUUGUUGAACUCUGAUCUGGAACUAGAUGAAUCUAUUUUGGAGAAGUUUGCAUUUUCAAAUGCACUUUCCCUGUCAGUAAAACUUGCCAUCUGGGAGGUGUCAUUGGAUAACUUUGUUGAGUCCAUUCAAUUCAUUCCUGAGAUGCUAAAAUCAGGAAAACAAGUGAAACUUACACGUUCUGAAGUCAUGAAGAAAAUUGGUGAACUGUUUGCCUUGAGACAUCGUAUAAAUUUGAGUUCCGAUCUCCUGAUGACCCCUGAUUUUUAUUGGGACAGAGAAAACCUGGAACAGCUCUAUGAUAAAACUUGUCAAUUUCUGAAUAUUAACCGACGUGUAAAGGUGAUUAAUGAAAAGCUACAGCAUUGUACUGAACUAACAGACUUGAUGAGAAACCAUCUAAGUGAGAAACAUGGACUGCGCCUUGAGUGGAUGAUUGUGAUCCUCAUUUCUAUUGAAGUCUUGUUUGAACUUGCACGUGUUAUUUUUUAAGUCAGUUUGGAAGACAGCAAUCAAAAAUCUUUUCUUCAGGUGGGGCAUAAAGAAUAUCCUCCAGAAGGCCUUAAUGAUCUGGCAAUCGGGUGGCACUGGAAUGUCUGCAUUUUUCUCAAUUCAGUUUCCAAUCUAUUCUACUCAUUCAGAAAAUCACAUUGCACCCAUUAGUCGUUUUACCCCUCAAUUAGUGUGGUACGUAAUUUCUGAAAUAGAUAUGUAUAAUGGAAAAUAAGCAGAACUAUUUUAUUUGUUAGUUUAGUUCAAUCAUGCAUUAGCUAAGACUGAAUAAAUUUGAAUUUGUAGCAAUGUUUUUUGACAGAAAAUGUUUAAGAUUGGUAUGUCAUACAGCAAGGACACUGUGAUACCUGUGGAAGCAGGGUAAAAUAUUCUUGUGCAUCUUUUGGGGUAGAGGGGAACAACAUAUAGGCUAUUAUUUUAGAAUUCUCAAACCUAAGGAUUCACUAAGCUUCCUUCGACAAUACUUCCCAAACCCACAGCUUCUACCUUUGAAAAGGAUAAGGUUAGCAAACAUGUGGAACAUAAUUAAGCAAACAACAUACCAGUUAAAACAGUAAUACAAUGUACAAUACAUGAACAGCUUAUUUCUAACAACCAGAAGUAAAAUGUGGUCACCACAGGUAAUACACUGUGAUCAAACACCUCACAACCAAGAUAGCUACACAGAUUUAUCUGCAACUCCCUCCAGAUGUUCAUGACACUGGUCAUCAAAUCUCGUUAAACUUUACAUGUUCUUUUAGCAAUUUGGUCUUGAAACUUCCCUCCACAGCCAUUUCAUCACUGACUGCCUGAAUAACUGCUGCUGCUCUGGUCAAUCAGCCUCCUUUCCUGACUAGAUGCUUCCUUGGACUCUGAAAACUGCCCCCUCUAAGAGAUACGAGUUACCUUUCACCAACAGCUUCCAAGGAAGAUCAGUCCAUAGGUUCUUCCUGAGCUCUAAUCAUGCUCUGUGGUGUGAAGCAAAUACCUCUUAAGGGCUUUUCAAUUCUGACUCUCAGCUGUGCUAAUUGUUAGUGGCAUCUGGCUUCUUGUAAGCCAUCAUGACUUCCAGGAUUUUUUGUAAUCCCUGACUGCAACGCCUAGCUGCCUAAUAACUCAUAGACUUGGUCUGAGUUUUAACGGCACGGAGUAUCCAACUUAAUUACAUAACUGUGGUUUAGUUGUACUCUAGAGAAGGUAGCUAAUAAUCAGCACUUACAACAUGGAGUUUGCUAUCUGUCUGUCUUUUGAACCACUCUUCAAUGACCCCUGAACUGUCCUGAAUGACAUAUUGAAAACCCUGCAUAAGCCUCUCCUGUGUUGGGCAGAGUUAAAUGCUAUCACCUAGAAACUUUGUAAACCGACUGUUCCAUGAAAUGUUACCAGUUAUAGACUGUUGGUGUUCCCUGUACAGUAAUAAAAUGGAAAUAACUAGAAGAUUUCAUUACAACAUGAUUAACAUGAUAAAAUUCUUAGGCAAGUUCUGAAUCAACUUGACUUGUUUAUCACAGCAGAGAGAAUAUCUUUUUAUAAAAUGACGAAGUAAUUUAAAUGAAAAUACACACUAAAUUUUUCAUAUCUAUUUAGAAUUCCUCUUGAGUAAAAGAGACAUGACAAAGUAUAAUAAAAUAAAUAAAGUCUCCAUUGUCUUACCAGACCAUAGGGCUGCUCUCUCAUUAAAGAGAAAUGACUGGUGGUUGUUUAACCUGAGGAUCACUAAGCCUCAGGCAUGGUUGAGAAGGAGAGUCCUUCUGGCAAUCUCAGCCAGUGCAGGAAUUGAACAUGUGCUGUUGAUGUUACUCUGCGUUGCAAACCAGCCAUUCAGCCAACUGAACUAACUGAUUCCCCCAUGCGCACUACAGGAAAGUGGGCAACCUUAUUAGUAUGUAAUAUGCCCUGCAUCAUUUUUUCCUACCAAAACUACUAUCACAUGUUUUAAUGUCAUCUAAGUUAUUUGCUUGAAUACAUUCUGCAAUACUUUACUUCCUCGGCAGAAGGGUCUGCAGACACCCUUGUCAACUUUGAUAGCUCACAAGGGUUUUGUUGAAGGUCAAUAUCUGAAAUUCACAAGUAAUACUGGCUAUGGGGCUGGAAUACCCUUCAUUAGAGGGUCACUACUUUCUCAUAUCAGACAGUAGUGCUUUUAUUAAAAAAACUAGAAUUUACUGCCUAUUUAUCAUUAGAACUAUUGGUUAAUUCCUUUUUGUUUUUUUGCUAAGCACAGAACAUGACUUUGAAUUAAAGUAGUAAAUGUUCUAUUAUGGCCUGCAACACAAUUCAUUGCAGAUAGCCAUGAAAAUAAAUACAUAACAUAGCCAUGCGUGUAUCUGGUGAGUUCCUGAUGAACCGUGGGACAAAUGUUUUAUACAGAGGGUGGUUUGUGAGUAGAAUGAGCUUCCCGAGGAAGUGGUGGCUGUGGGUAUAUUUACGACGCUUAAAAAAAAAUUUGGAUAAGUACAUGAAUAGGAAAGGUUUGGAGGGAAAUGGGCGAGGAGCCGGCAGGGGGAAGCUAGUAUAAUUUGGGAUUAUUAACCAACAUUGUUAUGGAGCAGGCCAGACCCCCUUAAAACACUUCAAGAAAGUACCCCUGACCCUAUCUCUGCUAGUUGUUUCAAACAGGUGUAAUGUGGCUAUUCGGGAGUGAUGCAGCUGGUCGGACCAAUUAGUUUCAAACAAAACAGAAUUUAUUUUCAAGAUUACCAAAUGAAACACAAACAAAAGAGAUCAGAAUACUGGAUAACUCCACCUAUCCGAAAACUUGCAACAAUCCCCAUAGACAACUCUUAGCACAAAAGGUAAAAUCAAACAUGGGAUCUUAUAGGAGAGAUGUCACAGAGAGAGAGAGGAGGAUCGGCUUGGACCUGUUCCUUUGGGUCCUGGAGUUUUUACAACGGCCUGACUGCUUUCAGUGAAUAGCCAGACCAAACCCAAACCAGAGAGAGGCUGAGCUCCGCUUUCAUUGUACAAGUGUUUUUUUAAACUUAAAAGCCUUUUGUCUGAGGCAGUAUCUGUUAGCUGUAAUCAAAUUGGUUUAAAACCUUUCAACGUAGACUUUUCAAAGUCUGUGUUUUUACAACCUCCUGAAUAAAAAACAAAGAACAACAUAACCUUGUUAAAGGAGCUGUAUGAUCUAUGAACAGAGGGGGACUUUUGUGGCCAUUACCAUAGUUAAGAGACAGACUAACUAUUUCAUUACUGUGGAAAGUAUUUUUCAAAAACCAUCAAGAAAACGACUACAAUUCACUAUCUACACACAGCAUAACAAUUGAUUCUGUGCUAUUUUCAGAAUUUAUUUGCAAGAGGAUCUGUGUGUUGGGAUUAUUGGUGUUUUGCACAUUUCCUUGUGUAACAAGUCAAUUGCAGGGGUUCCCCAGUUUAUGAACAUCCGGUUUACAAAAGCCAGUUCUUACAAAGGCAGUCUCAUACAGGGGUGUAAUUUUAAAGAUCUUACAAACAAAUAUUUUCUGUUCUUACAAAUGGCUCCUUUACAUUGACCUGUAUAUUGUGUUCUGACUUGUGACAAAUCGACUUGCGAACAGACAAUCAAACAGAACCUGUUCGCAACCCAGGGACUGCCUGUGUAGUACUGUGUUUAUCUAGUCUUCUAUUUAACCUUCCAUGACAUAUUCCCAGUACCAAGGGUUUAGCUAUUUCUGGUAAAGGCAUAACAUCAGAAGCGAGUAUACUGGGCAUUUCUGCCUUAUUUUCAUCUUGCAAACUAACUUCUUGAGGUAUCAUGUUGGUAGUUAUCCCUUGAAUAUCACCUCCAUUCUUUACUUUCCUCUCCUUAUUUCCUAAAGCACUCUGUUGUCAUUUACACCAGUCACUUCCAUUAUAGGUGCAGAAAGCUCAAUUGUGGUGUGAUAUUUAAGAAGUCGCUGAGCAGCUGCACUUUGUUGUAUUGAGAAUUCGGUGGUUUAUUUAGUUUGACUAUAGCAUUCACAGCCCAUUCCAAUGUCACAUUUGUCCACACUGACUGGAGGAGGCCAACUCUUGCAGAUCAGCAAUUCUGAGCUAACAAGCACAGCUGCUGCUAUCAAAGAUGAAGGAAAAGGAAUAAUGUUUGCUGUUGGAUCAAAAUGAAGGUAUUGUAGGCCAGUAGCUCUGACCAUUUGAAUGUGGUGUAAUAUGCUUAUAAAGUUAUCGGAUAACUUACUUCAUUUGAUUUGUUUGUGAAUUUUUUUAGGUUUAGUACAUUGUUCUAAAAAUUAAUAAGUUCUGAUUUUGAUGUCUGCUAUAUUGUCAUUUUUAACAAUUUUUCAGAAAACCCAGUUGAACAUAAUUUGGUUUACACCAGUCAGUGUUAAAAUAGACUGACCGUGAACACGGACCUGCCAUCUUGGGUUUCACAUUCAUCAGCUUAUAACCCCUUGGCUCUAAGGUUUGCUGUUUAGUUGAAAGACUGCACUGUUGCUACAACUGACAUCUAAUUUAAAUAGAAGAUCAUAUAACUCAUGGCCAGCAUACCUCCCUGCUUUCCCUUGCCCCUACUCUGCUCAGUUACAGCCCAGCGAAAUUCCGGGUUAAUGUUAAACUCACCAGGAUGAAAUACUUGUCAGUUAAAUUGGCAAAGGACAUGCAUAUUUAUCUCCUCGCCUUUCAGUGAAGCUGUAACAAUCAUGUUAGAUCAACAAUCUCCAUCAUACCCUACAUAUCUUCCCUUAUCAUGCCAGCAUAGAGAAAAGGGCAUUGAUUCUUGUGACCAGCAUGUUCUCAUUUGUCUGCUUUGAUCUGAGGGACUUGUUUAAAUGAGGAUGAAUAUUUCUAACUUCCUUAAAUUAUCAAUAUAUUUGAAGUUAGCCACUGACCUAAAUCUUAAGCAGAAACAGUUUCCAGACUCCAGAAGCUAAUUUCUGACUUUCUCACUUUUUUUCAUCAAUUUCACUUGUUUAUUUAUACCCAAAUCUAAUGAAUG